AUGGAUGAAGAACAUUAUCCACCUGACUCAGAUGAUAAUUACUCAUAUGAAUACUCUUUUAAUGAAAGCAAUGUCUGCGAAAUGGGCGACUAUUUUGUGUUUUACACUCAUCUCACUACUGUCCUCUACACUCUGACAUUUUUGCUCAGCCUGCUAGGAAACACUCUAGUGUUAUGGAUCCUAUUCAAAUAUGAAAACCUUACAUCUUUAACGAACAUCUUCAUCAUGAAUCUCUGUGUCUCUGAUUUAGUCUUCUCCUGCAUGCUGCCUUUCUGGGCAGUGGACCAGUCCUUUGGGUGGAUUUUUGGUGAGUUCCUUUGCAAAGCAGUGAAUGCUGUUUUCUCCAUUGGCUACUACAGCGGUGUUUUCUUUUUGACUCUCAUGACUAUCCUGCGGUACUUGUCCGUAGUGAACCCCCUCUCGACUUUGAGAUCCCAGACACAGUGCUGUGGUUUUCUGGUGAGCUUGGUUGUUUGGACUGGUAGCAUAUUAAUUGUUGUUCCUGAGAUGAUUCACACCACAGUGCAAGAAAACUUGGAAGGGGACAAGACCUGUGAUUAUGCUGACUGGAAAUGGAAAAAGGUGGACAUUUAUCAGAGAAAUGUACUUUUCCUGUUUUCCUUUGGGGUUAUCGUAUUCUGUUACUUCAAGAUACUGCUAAUCCUGCUCGGAGCAAGAUCUCGCAGAAAGCACAGAACUGUGAAACUCAUCCUUAUUAUUGUGGUGGCUUUUUUCCUGAGCUGGACACCUUACAACAUCCUCAGCUUUCUGAUUACUUUUCCACCACCUAACUGUCAGUAUGAAAAAGACUCCAACCUUGCCUUUCACAUCAGCCGUAAAAUUGCUUUCUCCCACUGCUGCCUCAACCCUGUGCUCUAUGUAUUUGUUGGAGUCAAGUUCAAGAGGCAUUUGUUACGUUUAUGCAGUCAGUAUUUGCCCUGUGGGAAUGGUCAAGUCUCCAGCCCCAGGAUCUGCUCUCAAGGCAAAUUCCACUAUGAAGAUGAGUCCAUCUACUGAAGCGAGAUCUAACUAUUAGCACUAAUCCCAGAUGAACUUUCAGAUUUUAAAAGCCACGGAUAAUCUCUAAUUCUUAGAGGCACUUCCCUGAGAAAGGCACACAAAUUUACUCUUUGCAAACAUGCUGUGUAUGGAAAGUAAUAAAAAAAUGUAUUUGCAGUAGGAUGGAGAGCUGA